UUUUGUUAUGGCGGGCGCGUCAUGUCGUUUCUAUUUACGAUUUCCUGAAUAAAAUAUCGUGCGGAUGUGUGCCGUCGGCACUCAUUUUGUGUAAUAGGACGACCGGUAGCGCGAGUGAUAAGUGCCCAUCGACGUUCGUCAAACGAUCCAGCGCGGCAUGAAGCCCCGGAUCAUGCCGGCGCCCUCGACAGGCUUCGGUGAGCAGAUUGAGGAAUACAAAGUGUUGAAUUUGCUGGGUAAGGGAGGCUACGGCUGCGUCUACCGGGCGAAAUGUCUCCGCAGCAACACGGAUGUCGCGAUCAAAAUGAUCGACAAGAAGAUGAUGCAAGCUGCUGGGAUGGUGGGUAGAGUAAAUCAAGAAGUAAAUAUUCACUGGCGCUUAAAACAUCCAUCUAUAUUGGAAUUAUACACAUGUUUCGAAGAUGCAAACUAUGUAUACUUAGUCUUAGAAUUGUGUCAUAAUGGGGAACUCCAACACUUCCUCAAAGCUCAAGGCUCCAAGCCUUUACCUGAAGAACAUGCUGCUCGCAUAAUCAGACAAGUUGUACAAGGCUUGCUUUACCUACACUCUCACCAGAUACUUCACAGAGAUAUGUCAUUAGCUAAUUUACUUUUGACUAGAGAUAUGCAAGUGAAAAUCGCGGAUUUCGGAUUAGCUACUCAACUGAAUACACCGGAUGAAAAGCACUUGACUAUGUGUGGCACGCCAAACUACAUUUCACCCGAAGUUGCGACAAGAUCUUCGCACGGGCCGGAAGCGGAUGUCUGGAGCUUAGGAUGUAUGUUGUACACUUUGUUGGUAGGCACACCUCCUUUUGACACUGACGCUGUCAAAAGUACUUUAACUCGCGUGGUCAUGGCCGAUUAUGUGAUGCCACCUCAUUUGUCGGAAAACGCGAAGGAUUUGAUAGAUAAAUUACUGAAGAAAAAUCCGAAGGACAGGAUACGCUUGCGGGAUAUCACCAAGCACCCAUUCAUAACUAGUAUAGAGAAGAAUAGACUGCAUAGCGAAAGAGGUGGUAUGAGCAAAGAUUUCCUGCCUGACGGCAUGGUGGAUUCUGGAGUCGGGAGAACAUUGUCCUCCUAUAGUCGACCGAGAAUGCGAUCUCGAUCAGAAGAAAGAAUGUCUACGAUGAUGCAAAACGAUAGGAUACAAGGUCCUAUGGUCAGCGUGAGAAGCGAGGCGUUAUCCGAGCCCAUUGUGAAAAUGCAUACGAAUUACAGAGCAAAAUAUGCGAAUUAUUGCGCGAAGGAAGACUUUUUAUCGCAGCAUAUUCCAUUGCCUCGUAAGGUGUUUCCGCAGAACGAACAUUACGACGUGCACGACUCUAACAAGCAGAAAGUAGAAAGACACAGGUGGAGGGAUAAAAGCGUAGAGAAUCAUAAUUAUGAAGCAACUACGGAGGGAGCAAACACAAAAUUAAAAGUCCCACCCUUGAAUACCAAUAGAUUGCUACCUACUAGACACAGGUCGAAGAAUGCGAUUCAUACUAUUUUAGACAAUGGAGAAGUUUGCACCGAGUUGAUCAGGCGUAGAAAUGGCAUGGAAAAAAUCCAAGAAGUCGCAAGAAUAUCAGGUGAUGGUUUACGAGUUAUCCUCUAUAAACUGGAUGUAUCUCUAGAAGUGGGUUCGCAACCGCCACCGUUGCCUAGCCGAGGUGCCGAUAGUAUUUAUUCGUAUGAGAAUCUACCGGCAUGCCAUCAUCGAAAGUACAUGUAUGCUUUUCUUUUCGUGAAAUUGGUUCGGGCACAGACUCCCAAGUUGACGUUGUACACUCAGCGCUCCAAGUGCCUGUUCAUGGAGAACGGUCCAGAGCCCGACUGUCAAGUACACUUCUACAAUGGAGUGAAGAUUGUCCGAGAAAAUGGCGUCGUAAAAAUCAUCAAGGGGAACGAUACGUUUGUUGAAGGCGAGUUUUCUGCUGAUCUAGAAAAUUAUCACGAGCAUUAUUCCGAAUGUUAUCAACAUUGCUUGCUAUUGGAAUCCACUUUGACAUCUUUAGAAACGGCUACUGGUCACUCUUGCUUCCCCGUGAUUAUCGGACGAAAGCCUCUUACGGCCUUAAGUGAUGCUCCCUGCUUGCAGGGGAAAGAAAAUAUCUCACAUGGAACAAACAGCACUCCCGUCCUGCCAUCUUUCGAAGCUUCUUGCUCCGUCGUUUCGACGAUAACUUCCAGGUCGCGCAAGACGAAUUCCAUGUAUAGUUCAAAUAAUAAUACAAACAAGGUAGCAGUACCAGGUAUCGGCUUUGCUACGAAAUUUACAUCUGGCGACAUUAGAAUCGAUUAUAAGGAUGGAUCCGCUUUAAUUGUAAGUCCACAGAAUCAUAGCGGAGACAUUAUGUAUGAGAGCAAUAACGGUGAUGUUAUGCGAUACAAUAAACACUACCAGCAAAAUUUAGAAGUACCGCAUUCAGUACACGAGAAACUCCUUCAAUUGCCGACGGUCAUCAAAUAUCUUAUUCAACCAAGGCACAAAUGCAUUCGGUAGCUCAAAAUAUCUAAUAUUUUAUAUAGUACAACUGAGAAAUCGCAUUCAUCUGUAUGGACCGUAAUCUUAUUAUAGAUUUGUAAAUUAGUUUAUACAAACUUAAGAACAUACUCUUUUAGUGGAUUUACUAAGUAUACAAUAAUAAAAAGUCGCUAAUUA